UUUCUUUCUUUUUUUUUUAAAGACGCCCCCUUCACUCUCCGUUUUGUGGAUUUCUACUUUCUUCCCCCCUUUUCCCCCCUCUCCUCCUCCGCGUUUCUUGGUGUCGUGUGCGCGACUCUGAGUUGGGGACUUAUCCGCGGUCAUGUCUUUCCCUCAGCUGGGGUACCCCCAGUUCCUAGGAGCCUCCCAGGAGGGAUACGGCGGCGAGCGGCCGGCCUCCGCACGGGAUGGAAGCGCUGAGGGCGGCGUGAGCUCGGCCGGUACCGCCGCUGCCGUGGGCUCCGUGUUGGGGAUGUACGGCUCCCCGUGGACGCCUCACAACUACAGUGCCUUUCUGCCGUACAGCGGAGCCACAGACCUCCUCAUGUCCCACAUGGGCUCUCAGUAUGAGCUGAAGGACACUCCCGGCUCCCACGCGGCCUCGCUGCCUGUCCACGCAGCCCAAAGCUUCUACCCGUACGGACAGUACCCGUACGGGGACCCGGCGAGGGCCAAGACGGCCACCCGGGAGACCACCAGCACUCUGAAGGCCUGGCUACAGGAGCAUCAGAAGAACCCUUAUCCCACCAAAGGAGAGAAGAUCAUGCUCGCCAUCAUUACCAGGAUGACACUCACACAGGUAUCGACGUGGUUCGCGAACGCCCGCAGGCGCCUCAAAAAGGAGAACAAGGUCACGUGGGGCCGCAGCGCCGAGGACCGGGAUGGGCGCAUCUUCAGCAGCGACAACGAGGACGAACACGGCAAAAACGGGAGCGAAGACGACGACGAGGAGAUCGAUCUGGAGACGGUUGAUAUAGAGAGAGAAGAGGAGCGGCGGCCAGCGGAGCAGGGGUCCGCUCAGGUCGAAGGAGAGCCUUCGGAGCAGAGUAGGACGCUUUCCGCGUCGGCGGCGGCGGAGGAGGAGGAGGCCAAACUGGCUGCGGAUCAUUCCCCCAGCAGACAGGAGUGCCAGAGACCACCGCAGAGCAAACCCAAAAUCUGGUCCCUGGCGGAAACCGCCACGACCCCCGACGACUCGAACAAACCGUCCUCGGCGGCCCACGCGCACCACGCGGCUUCGGCCUCCGCCGCGCAUCCGGCCUUACUGCCGGCUCACGGGAUUUACACGUGUCAGAUCGGAAAGCUGCACAGCUGGGCCAACGCGGCUUUCCUCAACGCCAACUCUCUUUUGAACAUGAGGUCGCUCCUCGGAGGGGCAGCGGCCGGACACCUGCCUCUGCACGGCGCGGUGCCGGCUGCGCGUCAUGACGCACGACAGACGACGAAGGCGGCGGCAGCAGCGGGCCUCGGAGCGUCGGGGACGGAGGACGACAGUGAUGAAGAGUCAUCUGGAAGUUUCAGUCCAAAACGAGAGGAAGAAGAGAGCGAACACAGGCCCAAUUCUCUGAAGUUUCAACUGAUCACUGACAGACCUCACCACGGGACCACAGCACAGCGAGUUCUAACAACAACAUUAUGAGAAAACCAUCAGAACAGAAAGGAAUAAUUUUAUUUAAAGGAAAAUAUUAUUUUUUUGAUAGGGUGGUCUGUUAUAGUAUCACUGUUUAGCUUUUAAAUGAAAAGAGAUGAUUGUUUUGGUCACAGAUUUGCUUGUAUCUCUCUUUUUAUGUGUUUUUUUCCCCUCUUUCUUCUGUUGUGAAACAUUGGAAAUUGUAAAUACAGGAUAUGAAUUUGUCUUUAAAGAAUAUAUUUUUUUGGGAAACAAAUAAAUGUCAUUAUAGUCA